AUGGUUUGGGAAUUAGAAAAUACAGAGAAGAGAAAUCUAAGUGGCUUGAACAGAGGGCAAAAGGAUGCAGGACCCUGGAGUGAAACAAGGAACAUGGAUGAAGGAAAAGGAAAACUCCAGGGUAUUGCAGUAACAGGCAAAGGGCAAUUGGAUACCCUUUCUUUUGCACAUGAGUCCCCUGUCUUCAUCCUUCAGGAAAGGAGAAGACGAGAAGAUACAAAAGACAUGUGUUCAGUAGAAAUUAAAAACCUGCUCAGGGACCAGCUGUUCAAUGUCAUGAAGCCCCUUUGUUUUGAACUGAGUGAGAGACUUGGAAUCUCAGGAGGAGGCAUCUGCAUCUUUGGGAACUCAAGUGGCCAAAGGAAGGUGCUGGGCCUAAGAUGGCGGAUCUACAUGGUUACCGUGGUGGUCUCAAUAAUUGUGUUGAAUUCUCAGCUUCACACACCCAUGUACUAUUUCCAGUCUUUUAUAGAUGUCUGCUAUUCUUCUGUCAUUACCCCUAAAAUGCUGGCAGGGUUUCUCUGCAGAGAUAAAAGUAUCUCUUAUAAAGGAUGGAUGGCUCAGCUGUUUUUUUUUCUGUAUUUUUGUCAUUUCAGAAUGCUACCUGUUGGCUAUGAUCGCUAUGUUGCCAUCUGUAGCCCACUGCUCUAUAAUGUCAACAUGUCCCCUCGGGUCUGCUCUCUGCUGGUGGCUGCUGUCUUCUCAAUAGGUUUUACAGAUGCUGUGAUUCAUACAGGUUGUAUAUUAAGGUUGUCUUUCUGUGACUCAAACAUCAUUAGUCAUUAUUUUUGUGACAUUGUCCCUCUUAUUAAACUGUCCUGUUCCAGCACUUAUAUUGAUGAGUUUUUGAUUUUUAUCAUUGGUGGGUUUAACAUGGUGGCCACCAGGUUGACAAUCAUCGUUUCAUAUGCUUUCAUCCUCUCCAGCAUCCUCCGCAUCCACUCUAAAGAGGGCAGAUCCAAAGCCUAUAGUACCUGCAGUUCCCACCUGACAGCUGUUCUUAUAUUUUAUGGGUCCCUCACGUCCAUGUAUCUCAAAUCUGCUUCCAACAGUUCACUCACCCAGGAGAAAGUGUCCUCUGUGUUUUACACUACUGUGAUUCCCAUGUUGAACCUCCUGAUGUAUAGUCUGAGGAACAAGGAAGUGAAAAAUACACUGGUGAAACUCUUAAGAAAAAUAUCUUCAUAA